AAAGGGGGGGCUGUUGGGUCCCGUCCUCCGCGUCUUGACUGACCCCCCCCAGGCAUCUGCUGUUGCCACACCCAGGAGGCAGGCAGUUUGCUGGGUUGCUCGGUGGCCAGGUUCUGGGACACAGGGAGUGCUUUGAUGAUUGUACCUCAGUAAGUGGGAAAAGCCUCUCCGUAAGGAAGGCAGUGAGAGCCUGUGGAGGGAGCGCUGGCCUUGGAGCCAUCAGCCCUGGGAUAGCAUUAAAGCUCCGUCCCUCGCCGCCUGGCUGACCUCAUUCGGCUGUCUUGGGACUUCUGUGAAUACCGAAUGAGAGGCUGUGCCUGCAAAUGCUCAGAAACGCAGAAAGCAUCACACAUAGUCACGCUGCGGCAGCCUGGUGCCUGACAAGUGAGGGGAACCUGCCGGGGGAUUACUGCUCGCUCAGGGCAGGACCGAGGCCUCGGAAGCGGGGAUGGGCAGGGCAGCCUCCAAGCCUGGGCCAGCAGCACCAAGAGCGCCCGCUCGGUUGCCCCAGGUGGCACUCAAAGCAGUACUCUUCUGAGGAGCGGGGGAUCGCAGGCCCCAAAGGACCGCACGGCAGGAGCUGGAGCUCGGCCACCCCUACACAACUAGGACCAUCAGGAGAAGGGGCUGGCGCCUCGGGGGAAGUAGGAAGGAGGAACCCAACGGCAGGAGGACCUUGUCCCUGAAGAGUUUACGGCACCUGCAGAGCUUCCUGAGUCUCUUGUCUCCAGAUUGGGCUCGUUCCCUUUCCUUCCCCGGCAGAGGCGUUGGGCCCAGAGACGGGAAGACUUCAUGACGUUCUGGCUGCUGGAAGCCCACGUGCUCUCUGCUGUGACUGGGGUUCGAGGGUUUCCCCGCUGCGGGGGACGAGGGGCCGCCUCGGCAUCUGCUCAUGAACCACAAGGACCCCGAAUGCUCCAGACUGGAUCAUUUCAAGCCGCCAAAGAGGGGGACCCCCAGAGCUGGCAGCCAGCAACCCCAAGGGACUAGAGGGCUGGGAUGGACUGACCUCCUCUUUGCCGCGGCUCCAGGAGCAGCAGAGCCUCUGUGGCCCAGCUAGUGGCAGACGGAGCUGAUGAAGCCGUGAGCGGGGCUGGCGGCCGGGACAGGAGCCGCUGCUGCCGCCGGACUCUCCUGGCGCCGGGGGCGCAUGCGCGGGCCCCUGCUGCAGUCCCAGCUCGGCACCCGCCCGCAUGUCCUUUGCACGAGGUGCCAAAGCACGUGGGCUGCUCUGUAGCUGGCCUGUCGGCGGGCUGGGGAAGCAGUGGCCGCGGUGAGGCCUGCCUGCCGCCGGCCUGAGGGCCCAGCUCCCGGGGCGCAGCACCAUGAAGUGCUCGCUGCGGGUGUGGUUCCUCUCCAUGGCCUUCCUGCUGGUGUUCGUCAUGUCGCUGCUCUUCACCUACUCCCACCACAGCACAGCCACCCUGCCCUACCUGGACUCAGGCGCCCUGGACGGGGCCCCCCGGGUGAAGCUGGUUCCGGGCUACGCUGGCCUGCAGCGCCUCAGCAAGGAGGGGCUGGCCGGCAAGAGCUGCGCCUGUCGCCGCUGCAUGGGCGACACCGGCGCCUCCGAGUGGUUCGACAGCCACUUCAACAGCAACAUCUCCCCCGUCUGGACUCGGGAGAACAUGGACCUGCCCCCCGACGUCCAGAGGUGGUGGAUGAUGCUGCAGCCACAGUUCAAGUCACACAAUACCAACGAGGUGCUGGAGAAGCUGUUCCAGAUAGUGCCAGGCGAGAACCCCUACCGGUUCCGGGACCCCCGCCAGUGCCGGCGCUGUGCCGUGGUGGGCAACUCGGGCAACCUGCGGGGCUCUGGCUAUGGGCCAGACGUGGACGGGCACAACUUUAUCAUGAGGAUGAAUCAGGCACCAACCGUGGGCUUUGAGCAGGAUGUCGGCAGCCGAACCACGCACCAUUUCAUGUACCCCGAGAGUGCCAGGAACCUGCCCGCCAACGUCAGCUUCGUGCUGGUGCCCUUCAAGGCCCUGGACCUCCUGUGGAUCGCCAGCGCCCUGUCCACCGGGCAGAUCCGAUUCACCUAUGCCCCAGUGAAGUCCUUCCUUCGAGUGGACAAAGAGAAGGUCCAGAUCUACAACCCAGCCUUCUUCAAGUACAUCCAUGACAGGUGGACAGAGCAUCAUGGGCGGUACCCUUCCACUGGGAUGCUGGUACUCUUCUUUGCCCUGCAUGUGUGUGAUGAGGUGAACGUGUACGGCUUCGGGGCCGACAGCCGGGGCAACUGGCACCACUACUGGGAGAAUAACCGGUACGCGGGCGAGUUCCGGAAGACGGGCGUGCACGACGCCGACUUCGAGGCGCACAUCAUCGACAUGCUGGCCAAGGCCAGCAAGAUCGAGGUCUACAGAGGGAACUGAGCCCGGCCGCGUCGCGACUCUUUGGCCGCGCCGAGACUCUUCGGCCCCGCAGCGCGGCUCCCGCUGGGACUCGGGGUCAGCCCCGGGGCGGUGCCCUCCGGAGCGUCAGCGGGCAAUCGGAGCGCCGCCGCCGCGGCCUGGACCAAUCACGUUGCAGCCCAGCGAGCGCCGGCUUCCUCGGCCAGCGAGGAGACGCCCCCAGCCGAGCACCAAUCAGCGCCGCCGGCGGGCGGGGCCUCCAGCCAAUCAUGCGACUCAAGGAGGACUUCCGGCGCCGGGACCCGUCUCCGCCAAUCGAUGGCCUUCGGGGGCGGGCCGGCGGUCGAUUAAUUUCCCACUCCCUUAUGCUUUUGGGUAGGAUUUUAUUUCACGCUUUCUAAGGAGUAGGAAUUCGUUCCGGCUUCGAGAAGUAUACUUCCCGCAGGUUCGGCAGGAGGCGUCUCAGUCACUUUCCUGCCUAACCUCGCUGGGGGCGCCGAGAAGGAAACGGUGGGGAGGAUGCGGGACAGCGGGGAGACUCCUCCUUCCCGGGAGUGCUCCCUGACCGCGGGGCGGGCGGAAGGGCGUUCCGGCAGCCUUUGGUGUGGGCGGGGAGCGGGGCGGUCAGGUGGUUUUCAGGGAGCGCACUUUUCCCCAGGGGAAAAGUUAGAGCCCUCCCAGACCGCCCCGGACCGCCUAGAGAACUAGACCCACAUUUCCUUGAUCGGUCAGAUGUAGAUGGGUGAGUGCAAACCCACCAAAGAAAUGCAGUGAGAAUCUGAAGGGCACGUGGGUCCUCUCCUCCUGCCUCCUCCCCUCCCGCCCUUGGCCACCCCGUGGAAUGGCCCUUCUGACCGCGGCAUUUAGUGUCUCACCAGAAAACUAGGAUUGUGUGCACCCCUUCCUAGGCGGGCGAACUUCGUCUAGGGCUCAACUCUGAAACACAGGUGUAAGGAAUAGGACAGGAAACCCCGUCACGUCAGAUGUCAGGUGCUUUCCCGUGUGCCCUGGGCCUAUUGUUUGCUCACAACCUUUUCAGUGUCUCCCUAGGCCCUGGGUCUCCUCACCAGGCUACUUGUUUCUCUGAGGGGGAAGACUGCCCUGUGAUUAGGGCAGUGCAGCUCCCCCGCCUUUCCGCCUUUGGCUGCCUCUAGGGAGAGGGAGCAGCACGUAGGACAGAAGGCUGGAGAUGAGACCAGCUCUCUGGUCCUUCACCCAUCACCCCCCAAAAGGGUAGGAAACCUCUUGCUCUGGGUUGGAAUUUGCUUUAGCCUUAUGAUUUAGCUAACCUGAAGUUAUCAUGGGUGGCCGACCAACAAAGAUGCUUUUCAGAUACUGAGCUGGCCAUGCAAAUAGCUGGGGAGGAGUGGACUUGCCCCUUGCAUGCCUCCUCCCCUGCUCACAUAUCCUCUUGCCCGUGCUCACCUUGCGCCUUUUCCCUCUGACCCACUUUCCGUUUCCAGUUCUAGAAGGGCUGCAAAGCUAACAACCAGAGGUUACAGCUGGUACUUGCAUGACUGAACCCAGCUUAAGUUCCUAGCGGAAGCUGCUGAAGGUAUUCUCACCCUUGAAGGUUGGGGGAGUGUAGGAGGGGAAAAGGGCUUCUGUGAAGCUUCCAAACCACUAAAAGGAUCCCCCUUCCCAAUAAUGACUUAAAAAACAUUAAACAAACAAACAAACAUUAAAAACCACCCUUUUUUCUUAGGGAGUUGAUACCACUCGGCAGCCUCCUGGUCUUUGGUAUAGUUCCUGCAGCUGGCUGAGGGAACAGGAGCCAGCAGAGGAGUAUGUUAGAGGCUUAGUGGGGGGCAGUGGGCCCCGCUAAAAGUUAAUAUAUUGAGAACUUAGCUUGAGUCUGUCCCUUACCAAUUCCAAAAGUAGGAGGAGUGAAGAACGGGGGUGGGUUAGGGAGGGCUUUAGUGGAACACCUCUUUCACCACCUCCUCCCCAUCAUUUUAGAAAGUCAAGACCAGUUAUUCUUGCCAGUCUCAUCUCAGUGCUUCCUAAAGAGGCUUUUGAGCGUUUAAGAGAUGAAAAAAUGCAAUUAUGCCAAACAGUAUUGAGCAGAAUAAUUUAUUUCUUUUGUUGUUGUUGUUCCUUUUUCUUCUUUUGUUUGGGUUUUGUUUUGUUUAGAACAUUAAUAAAUCCCCAUUCUGGAAGAGGUAGGUCCCAGCACCCAGCCCAGAUCUUCUUUUCUACAAUAGUUAUUUAAGCAAAUGUUUUUUAUUUUCUUCCCUUUCUCUUUCUGAAUUAAAGAUAAGAAACUGUA